GUUGAUUGCGUGCAUCGCGUUAUUCUGUGGUUCUAUAGCGCGACCAGUCUUACCCUAGCCCGGCUCAAUUUUGGUAAUUGUGACUGCCUGUGUUGCCGGCGGCUAGUGCUACAAUGGACAUCUUACAAGAUGUGUAUCAAGGACUUGAACGUAUUGCCGAUAGCAUGGCUGCGUCCGCGUCACCUUUUCUGGACAUGGCAGGCCCUAAGGGGUCGUUUACACGAGUUUACGCUGGAGUGGUUCUCUCCGGCUUGUCUUUUUGGCUGCUUGAACUAAUUUUCCUGGCGCUUCUUAAGCCUUUGCUGAUUCGAGUUUAUCAAGAUCAUGCCGCUGAGAAAGGCAAUGUUAAGGCGCAGCUGCGGAAGGCGAAGGGAACGGCGACUCUGACGGUUGCUCGCCUGGUUGGCACUGUCCACAACAGCAUCCAGGUCCCCGUGGGCCUGAUGAUCCUCGCGGACCCCCGCUUCCUCGGCGACCGCAUUAACACGAUCACCAACCUCUCAUGCGCCAUGUGCUACAUCAGCGCUGGCUACUUCUUUCACGACCUGGUGAUGUGCAUCAAGCGCUUCUCGCUGGAGGGCCCGCUGUACACCACGCACGCUCUGGCCUGCCACAUCGCUUACACGUUCGGCAUCUACAGUGGCUUCCUUCACUACCACGGUGCUGCGUUCCUCAUGUGGGAGAUCAGCACGCCGUUUGUGCACGCCAGGUGGGUCAUGUACAAGGCCGGCCUCGCCAACACCACCGCAUACCUUAUCAACGGCCUGUGCAUGCUCUUCGCCUUCUUCGGCUGCCGCAUCGCCUGGGGCUACUACGAGUCGUACCACCUCGUGUACGACGUGGUUUCGGAGCGCUACCGGGAGGGCUCGACCUUCCCGUUGACCGGCACCGUGGCGUACUGCAUCAUCGCGGUGGUCAUGAACUGCCUCAACACGCACUGGUUCCUCAAGAUGGCAAGCGCGGCGGUGGCGCUGUUCAUCAAGGGCAAGAAGGGCUCCGAAGUGGGCUCGCACAAGGACGAGUGAGGGGGCGAGGUGGAGUGUACGGCAGGGAUGUACUAUAUGGUGAUGAACGCACUUGUCGGGGAUGGUUGCUGAUGGGUUGUGUGGCCGUGUGCCCUGUGCCAUGUCCGGGCGGGCUGCGGUUGGCGGUGCUGGUGGGUAUUAGGUUUGUAGGAGGAUGUAGGGAUAGGGUAGCGACGCCUGCUGUUGGUGUUCAGAGCUUGCUGGAUGGGGAAGGGUAAGAGCGGCGAACGAGCUCUUUUGAAGCAGCGUCUGUACGGAAGAUGUAUUAAGGACUCGUAAUCGUAGGGGUGGUUUUGGGUGGACGUGGGUUCGUUGAAAUUUGCGUGCUGCCCUGCGUCAUAUGAUGUCCUAGCAAGAUUCCAUGAGGUUGGGCUGGGGCUAUGUCCCUUGCGUUGCUGCCAGACUGGCCCCGCAUAUUGCGGAGCGGAGCUAGUGCAUCGCUCUGUACCGGUAUGGGAUGGCGAUCCAGUUUUUUUGUGACCAGAAGUCCAUGUCUCUUCUAUACAUGUAGUUUACGCGCAAAUUGCUUCCUCCACGUAUGUGUAUGGUACGAUGUCUCAACGGGGUCUACUUUGGCGUUGGCUGCGUGGGUUGGGGCGGAGCUGGGUAGGUUGGUAGCAGUUCUGCAAGAAUCCUGGAGCGCUGCGACAGAGAGCACUGCGAGCGGUACUCUAUACAUGUAAUAAAGCGGUAC